CGUGCCCGCAUAUGAAACCGCGAGGUGUACAAAUAUGAAAAUUAAGCGCGUCUCCAAAAUUUUCAACUUUUACGUCAAUCACAAUCAUAACCACAACCUCAACAAUAUCACCAACCAGAUCAUUCAACUUUGAUUUUAUUCAUUCUUUUUGUUUAUUCCAACUUCAAACCAUCUGCAGAUCAAGAUGGGCUCUUUAGCAGAACAACUGGAAUCUCAAUUCACUUCAAUCGAAGAGAUUCACAAUAUUCAUCAAGAACUUCGUACUAAUCACUUGACACGGCUCACUCAUACGAUCGAAUGGAGACUUCAUCAAUUAAAACAACUAGCAUACCUUUUACAAGAAAACGAAACACUUUUAGAAGAAGCUUUAAACCAAGACUUAGGUAGAUCGAGAUCUGAAGCACAUAUAGCUGAAUUAGAUGGUACACGUCAAGAAGUUUCAUUUGCAAUCAAUAAUUUGAAAUCAUGGAUAAAGCCAAUCAACGCCAAGACUAGUUUGAUUUGGUUUCUAGCUUCUCCCAAGACGUAUCAUGAACCUAAAGGUUUAGUGAUGAUCAUUGGAGCUUGGAAUUAUCCGAUUUCUUUGUUACUUAAUCCGUUAGUAGGUGCUAUAUCAGGAGGAAACUCGAUUAUUUUCAAACCAUCAGAACAAGCACCAUCUGUGGCUUUUUUAUUAUCGAAAUUGAUACCUCAAUACAUGGAUUCCAAUCAUAUUCGAAUCAUCAAUGGAGCCAAAGAACAAUCUACUACUUUACUUCAUCUUAAAUUCGAUCAUAUCUUCUUUACUGGGUCUACUCAGAUUGGAAAGAUUGUGGCUAAAUGUGCUGCUGAGAAUUUAACACCUGUGACAUUAGAAUUAGGUGGAAAAUGUCCAGCUAUUGUUUUUGAUGAUACUGAUUUUGAUAUAACAGCUAAAAGAUUGAUUUGGGGAAAAGGAAUGAAUGCAGGUCAGACUUGUAUUGCACCUAAUCAUAUCUUAGUAUCUAAAAAGAAUGAGACCAAAUUAAUUGAAUCUUUGAAGAAAGCGGUUCAAGAAUUAUAUCCUAAAGAAUCAACCGAAAGUGAACUUCAAAGUAACGGAUUAGGAUUAAAAGAUCAAUUUUGUAAGAUUAUUAAUCUCAAUCAGUUUAAUAGAUUAAACGAUUUAUUAUCAAUUACUAAAGGAGAAAUCAUUGAGAUUGAAGAAAGUAUUCAAAUUAAAUCAAAGAAAUCGGAUCCUCAUGAAGAUCUAAGAAUCCCAUUAACAUUAAUUCGAGAUUUGAAAGAUGAUGAUGAAAUUUUAAAAGAUGAAAUCUUUGGACCUAUCUUACCUAUCCUUACUUAUGAAACCGAAGACGAAUUAAUUCAAGACGUUUUGCCAAAGAUAUCGGAUUCUGAACCAUUAGCGAUUUAUGUGUUUACUAAAUCUUCUCAAAACUUUGAACUUGUGAGAAAACAUUCUAAGUCAGGACAGAUUAUUGGUAAUGAUCUUUUAAUUCAAUUCACAAUUGGUGGUUUACCAUUUGGUGGAGUUGGUCAAUCAGGAACUGGAAGUUAUCAUGGAUAUCAUUCAUUUUUAACAUUUACAUAUGAAAGAUCUUGUGCAAAUCUAGCUAGUUGGACUGAUCAAGCUUUUGCUAUUAGGUAUCCUCCUUAUACUGAAUCUAAAUUUAAUUUGUAUUCUUGGAUCAUGGGUCCUUCUGAUCUUAAAGGUCAAUCUAAACCUGAUGAAGUACCUAAGCUUUAGAUUUUUUGGAUUAGAUCAUUGAUGUCUUACGUUUUUGUUUGACUUUUGCAUGGUUUGUCAUUUUUUUCUCUUGAGUGUUGGGGUAUACUUGGUGCAUUGCAUUCGAUUUGUUUGUUCAUCUUUGAUUUCUUAUCAAUCAUAAUGAUCGUUCUUUUAAUAAACUCAACUUACUAAAGGACUUGUGAAAGUUGUCUUUUUUCAUCUUUACAUAAUUCAUGUUGAUUCAAGUCAUGGAUAUCAUUUUGAGAUCUUGAUCUAAAGUGAUUUAGUUUCAUUUAUGCAUAGUGAUCAGAUUCUUAACC